CCGAAAUUUCAAAAUUCCAUUAUUUUGAAUCAAAGCAAAGCUUCCCCGAGACGCACGAUGGUUCCGCCAUUGCUGAAGCUCGACUUCACCCAGGGUCCAAGAGCUGGCGAUUCUCUAGGGUUUAAACCCGGAUCCACUAUCCGAAUUGGUCGAAUCGUCCGUGGUAAUGAAAUCGCCAUCAAAGACGCCGGAAUCUCCACCAAGCACCUCCGGAUCGUUUCCGAUUCCGAGAACUGGAUAAUCCACGAUCUUGGUUCUUCCAACGGCACCAUAUUGAACUCUGACACUAUCGACUCAGAUACGCCCGUCAAUCUUAGCCAUGGAGACGAAAUUAAGCUUGGUGAGUACACUUCCAUUUUGGUGAACUUUGGGAGUGAUGUUGUUCAGGCGCCGCAGGAGCAUAAGCUUCCGCCCAGGCCAAGGAGGAACAACAAGCGGCUUGCUGCUUCGGAUCCGGAUCCGGAUCCUAUUGAGUCGGUUCAGGAGAAACCAAAGCGCACGCGUGGAUCGUCGAAGCAAGAGGAAAAUGAACUGCCCAAGAGUACUAGGGCUUCGAGGAAAAAGAAUCUGGACGAUAUCGCCGAUAAAGAAGAGGAAUUGGAUGUGGAAAUUGAGAAGGUGGUCAAAGCUAGGGUUGGGAGGCCUCGGAAGAACGCAGGCAGUGCAAUUGCGAAGGAAGAAGAAGUUGUGGAGGAGAAAAAAAGGGUUGGGAGGCCCCGGAAGAACGCAAGUAGUGCAAUUACGGAGGAAGAAGAAGUUGUGGAGGAGAAAAAAGGCAACUCUAGGGCUCGGAGAGGUAAGAACAGUGAGAUUGUCCAGAAAUCAAUCAAAUUGGAAGUUGAGGAUACUCCCAAGGCAGUGGAAAUCUCAGAGGUGAAAAGCAGGAAGAGAGUGACAAGGAGCAAGCAGAUAGAAAAUGAAUGUUUUGGAUUGGAGGUUAAAGAUGAGAAGAGAACUACAAGGUCUACCAGAAGCAAGACGACUGAAAUUGGUGGAGAGUCUUUUCUGGAGUUGGAGAUGGUCCUGAACCAAGCCCGGAAAAGCCGUGCAAAGAGGAAGAAAAUGGAUGAGGAGCCAUCCAAGGAGACUAGAAAUGAUGAUGCCGGAGAAGAGGUUUUGAAGAACUGUCAUGUUGAAGAAGAUAAGGAAAAUGAAGCUCAGGAAGGUUGCAGUGGAAGAAGUGAUGACAUAUGUGAUCAAGAAGAUGAGAAGGAAUGCGAUGGAUCUAAGAGGGUAGAGCAGGUGGAGAUUGAGUUAAGGAAGAAAAGCACAGUAGAAGGCCUGAAAUGCACUGAUAAAGAAGAUGGAGAAACAGAGAACUCACAAGAUAUUGAAAGAGAAAGAGAAAAUGAAAAUGAAAAAGAAGCUCAAGAAGGUUGCAGUGAAAGAAGUGAUAAAGAAUAUGAGAGGGUUGGUGGUGGGGCUAAGAGGGUAGAGCAGGUGGAGAUUGAGUUAAGGAAGAAAAGCACCGUAGGAGAAGAUGACCUGAACUGUACUGUUAGAGAAGAUGGAGAGACAGAAAACUUACAAGAAAUUGAAGAAGAGUGUCACGACGAGGAAAGUGACUGCAAGGUCGAGGAGGCUGGAUUUGCGACAUUAGAUGAGGAAAAGGUUGGGCAGGGAUGGAACAAUAAGAAAGUAGAGAGGGUAGAAGUAUAUUUAGAAAAAAUGAAACUAAGAGAAUGGUUUGAUGCCAUAGAGGUUCAACUGCCAAAACAGACAAUUGAAGAAACAGAGAAGAUGAUUGAGCCCAUGAGAAGUAAGAGUAUGAGAGUUCACAAGCAUAUUGCAGAGCAAAAGGAAAAGGGCGACUAAGUACUAAGUUGAUUUGAUCCCAUUUUGCUAGCUUCAUGAUAUGUUCUAACUUAUACCUGGGAAUACUUUGAUCUCAUUGUUAAGUUGCUACCGGCUUAGUGUGAUUUCUUCAGGUAUGGUAGUAAUCUUGUUAGAAAAAAUUGAAUGACAAAAGCUUCCUAGAAAGCAUCUGUAUCUAUUACUCGCUUUGUGCACAAUGUAGAUCAUGGUUUUGUGUUUAUGACUUUGUUGGAACCACUAGUUUUUUGGAGUUUCUCUAUUAUUAUGUCACUGCAACUACCAAUAUAUCUUCAGUUUUACGCUUUUGGAUCAGUGAUCGAUGAAAUUCAUUCAUUUUGUG